AUGGCAGGAAUUUGGAUAUGGGUUGACAAUGAGAAAGGGAAGUUGAGAGAGAAGGAAGAUGAUGAUAUGGGGGGUGGUCGGGUCGGAGAUAAGCUAAAGCAACACGCUGCACCGCAGGCCGAGCACACUGCACACACUCCUCAGCUCAGCCUAACACACUCAUCAUCACCAUCACCUCACUGCUCUCUCGUCCCCGUGCUCUCGCCAGCCGCACCCGCGUGA